GGCGCGCAGGCGCAGCGGCUGCUCCUCUAUAUAAGGGUCGCGCCUGCCCGCGCUCGCGCUGCCGUCGGGAGGAUGUCGCGAUACGGGCGAUAUGAGACCAAGGUGUACGUGGGGAACCUGGGCACGGGCGCCGGCAAAGGCGAGCUCGAGAGAGCCUUCAGCUACUACGGACCGCUGAGAACCGUGUGGAUCGCCAGGAAYCCGCCGGGGUUCGCCUUCGUGGAGUUCGAAGACCCCCGGGAUGCUGAAGAUGCAGUGCUUGGCCUCGAUGGGAAGAUUAUAUGCGGCUCCAGGGUCAGAGUGGAAGUAUCCACAGGGAUGCCGCGCCGCUCCCGCUAUGACCGGCCCCCUGCCCGGCGCCCUUUCGACCCCAACGACAGAUGCUACGAGUGUGGUGAGAAAGGCCACUAUGCCUAUGACUGUCACCGCUAUAGCCGCCGAAGGAGGAGCAGGUCCCGGUCUAGAUCCCGCUCGAGGUCCCGAGGAAGAAGGUAUUCCCGGUCACGCAGUCGCAGCCGUGGUAGGAGAUCCAGGUCAGCUUCCUACCGUAGGUCCAGGUCGAUCUCGCCUCGUAGAUACAGAUCAUUCUCACCCCGCAGGUCCCGCUCUGGUUCUCUAAGAAGGUCAAGAUCUAGAUCCAGAUCACGCUCCAGGUCUCGAUCUGUUGUAUGGCCUCGAAGCAGGUCUGAGUCUCAUGGUAGAUCUAAAUCUGGCUUACCUGCUAAAAGCCGCUCAAAGUCCAGAUCACCAUCUCCAAAGAGAAGUCACUCACCAUCAGGAAGCCCUUAAAGGAAUGAAACUCCUAAAAGAAUGCGUUCAAAUUUAAGAAGUUUAGUAAAAAAAUAUUUUGUUUACAUUAUAAGGGAUUUUGUGAUGUAAGGGCUUAGUCCAACAAGGCUGUUUSUAUUGACUAUAUUGACUAGCAAUUGGCAUGAAUCUCUAUCUUCUAAAAGUCUUWCUAGCAGACUAAUACAAAACUCUUCUGUUGUGUUCAUGUACUGUGAUCUGAAGAUGUUGGGCUUUUUUUUUUUAUUGGUGCAUUGAAAUAAACUGCAUUUCUAACUAAGWAGUAAAUUGUGAUAACCCUGCUGUUCAUAUUUGGGAAGGUGAGGCAGCCAUGUGUGUCUUCAGGCCUACACAGCACCAGUUAGAGAGAAAAGGUACCAGUGCCAAGUGUCAUUYGGGCUGGAAUGUUACAGUGAUCGAUGCCUUGUGUUACUCUUUCCUGUUUAAAGCAUGGGGAGGCAGAAAACCUCUCUGCAGGUCCUGGUACACCCAGUGUUUGACUUUCAAAAAUGUCUACAAUGAACAUAAACUGUUUUUUCAAAUAUAUGUGUGAGCGCUGUCCUGUUAUGACCAUUAAAGGACCAGGGAGCUUCUCAUCUGAAGGUAUUGGAAUUACUUCUGGAAUGUAAACUAUUGAAGUAAAUGUUUUUAGAAAUCUUGUUUUAUA